CAACUCCGGCACUUCUGGAGCAGGCUGACCUGGAGGGAGAAACGAAGGAAAAGUUAGUCAAGAUGGCAAAACCCGCAGACCCGUAGUGAAGGGGUACCGCUCCCCCCUAAAGACUGCGACUGUCGUCCGUCCUGAGACAAAGCCAACGAUGCAAACAGCGCAACAAGGCCCUAAAGGGGUUCCUUGAAGAAUAUGCCAGUGAUGCAGAUGCUGAUGUGACUUAUUGCAUGUUGAAAGCUGACUCAUCAAAUGUCAAUUCCUCUGUGGGUGGGUAAUUAGCUGAGGGAAGCGUAUAUAAGUCAGCAGCUACAGGAGCACCUGCAUCCUCUCACUGGAGGUCUGAAGGAAUACUUUGUGGAUCAACACAUGUUGGCACCAACAAGACUGUCAUCUCCCGGCUGCCAGAGCUAAGAAUGGCCUCAAGCAGCUUCAGCUGAAUCCAUCCAACACUCAAAUAUCCCAAAACCUUCAUCAGCUUUAUCCAAAACGUCACUGGAAAGUUAAGGGAAGAUCUCUCUGUGAUUCCCCCCGCUCCCUACCGCCCCUCCAAAACCAAAGCUGCUUUGGGAACCCCAGCAGCACUACUGUCACCCCACCUGCUGCCCCUCUCCCAGGUCAUGAUGUUUCGCGAUCAGGUGGGCGUACUAGCCAGCUGGUUCAAAGGGUGGAAUGAGUGUGAGCAGACAGUGGCUCUGCUGUCCUUGCUGAAGAGGGUGAGCCGGACGCAGGCUCGUUUCCUGCAGCUCUGUCUGGAGCACUCCCUUGCAGAAUGCACAGAACUACAGGUUCUGGAGGCAGAUGCCAACAAUCCAGAUGUUAUCAGCCAGUGGCAAUGCGAGCCAAAAGAACGUGUCAUCUCACUUGUCCUCACCCAUUUGCCAUUGCUCAAACCAGGCAAUGUAGAAGCCAAGGGCGAGUACAUGCGUCUACUACCACGCAUCCUUGCGCACACUAUUGAACAUGGCCGUCACCUGGAAGAGUCUCGCCAACUCUUAUCCUAUGCCCUCAUCCACCCUGCCACCUCUUUGGAAGACCGUGCAGCAUUGGCCCUGUGGCUCAACCACCUGGAGGAGAGGGCUGCUACCACAGGGGACUCUCUUGAAAGGCCAUCGCCUGCUGGCCCGCAUCACCACCAGUCCACUCCACCAUCUACCCUGACAUCAUCAGGAUCCUCUACCAACAGUUCUUCUUCUUCUGGUAACCUAUACGCUUUGCAUCACCACCAGCGCUACGGGUCAGACGAUCGCCUCAAUGGGUGGCAAAGCUGCAGAGAUUCGGGGCUAGGGGCAGGCUGGCAGCAGCAGGGCUGUGAGAAUGGACACCUGCCUCUCUACCCAUCAUCCUCUGUACCAGCAACCAUCAACACAUUAGGAACUGGUGGAGGUGGUAAUACCAUUGUAACGAGUGGAGGUGGUAACCAGUCACACAGUCCACUGAAGCGCUCAGUGUCUCUAACGCCACCAAUGAGUGGCCCAAGCAACCAUCCCAUGGGUCCUGUCUGGCUGUCCCAGGAAGAUCUACGUAGUAGUAGAGGCCCAGCCCCCGAUCACGCACCCCUCUCCCCUCAAAGUAGCAUUGCUUCCUCAGGCAGCGGAGGAAGUGAACAUCUGGAAGAGGCCAGUUUAGGAGGAGGUUUAAGUCUACAUCGUAGUUCUUUCCAUGAGGAGGGCAGCGGCAUGAGGGAUGUUCCUGCAUGGCUGAAGAGUCUCCGUCUCCAUAAGUAUGCAGCACUAUUUUCCACCAUGACAUAUGAUGAAAUGAUGUCACUUACUGAAGAACAACUUGAGGCACAGAAAGUCACCAAAGGAGCUAGACACAAGAUUGUUAUUAGCAUUCAAAAGCUAAAAGAGAGACUAAACCUGCUGCGCAGCCUAGAAAAGGAUGUACAGGUAUUAGAGGGCAGUAAUCUGCGUGUACCAUUGCAAGAACUUCAUCAGAUGAUCAUGACACCUAUCAAGGCAUUCAGUGGAGGCAAGGAGACUUCGUUACAGCGCCCUCCCCUGAACCCAGAUUCCAAAAGUUCUGCACCUGGGUCCCACCUCACUGGAGGUGGAGAGGCUGAGGCAAGCUCAAGUGUCAUUGCAGAGGGGGAUCUACCAAGCCAAUUUACCCGUGUUAUGGGCAAAGUUUGCACUCAGCUACUGGUGUCGAGGUCAGAUGAGGACAACAUCAGCUCCUACCUACAACUUAUUGACAAGUGUCUUAUACAUGAGUCCUUUAGUGAGACUCAGAAGAAGCGGCUGUUGUCAUGGAAACAACAGGUUCAGAGGCUGUUCAGAUCCAUUCCGAGAAAAACACUCCUUGACAUUGCAGGUUACCGACCACAGAGAAGCAGUCGUGGAUUCGGCCAGUCCAACUCUCUUCCCACCACAAGCUGUGUUGGGAGCAGUGUUAUGGCACGUAGAAGUCUUCGGCAGUUCCAGAUGCCGUCUAGGAGCUUACCAGGAGCAAGGCUGGGCCUGCUGGGCAGCAGUGGCCUCCUGGGACCCACACCUCGCAGCAGCAGCAGUAGCAGCACACCAGCAGGCCCCAAGCAGGGGAGACAGGGUCUGUGGUUUGCCAAUCCUGGGGGCAGCAACAGCAUGCCAAGUCGAACCCACAGCUCUGUGCAACGUACCCGCUCCCUGCCGGUUCACACAACACCUCAAACUAUGGUCAUGUUCCAACAAGCUGAUCUUCAAUUGCCAGUUAAUGAGCCAGACAUCAACAAUCGCCUUGAAUCCUUAUGUCUGAGUAUGACAGAGCACGCAUUGGGAGAUGGUGCUGAUCGCACAUCGACAAUAUGAAAUGAGGACUUGGGUGAGAGCAGCGGAACCAUGUCGUGGGUAGCUUCUGAGGCCCUCUCACAACAAGUCACCCUGAGGCCCUCUUCCUGUAGCCAAAUGUAGAGCUCAACCAAGGGACUGGGAGGAAUCCAAGAAAAACAAGCCAACACAUUGGCUGCUUCGAUGGGUUUGGAGAACACACUUCCUGCUAUGACCAUCAACAUCUCUGUCAUGAAGGCAUUGGGGGACAGAAAAGUAUCAAACAUAGGCUGGACAGUUUUUGAACAGCACCCCUUCAGGAGAUCAGGUCAAAAGCAGUACACUGUCAGCAGAGGAAAAGAUGCUGGGCUGGGGAGCAGGGCCCAGUGAAGACCUCUACAUCCCCAAUCUCUCCCUUUAUGGUCCUCAUGUAUCAAAGAUGAGCGCUUGUGGCAUUUUUUACAUCUGUAUCAGUACCUCAGACCCCAUAAUGAGACAAGCAGUUGUAUGGCAAGCAUUUGGGAGUGUAUUCAGCAGCAAACAAAAGUUUGUGUGUUAUGUGUCUAUAUUGUUUACAUAAUGAUGCGACAGUCAAAGGGUACAGAAACAAAAAGGAAUUGGGUAAGAAUGUUGAAAUAUUUUGUAAAGCCUUGGCUGUCUACUGGCUUUACAUCCUACCACUAGCCAUCACGCUAGUUUACAAGCAACAUGUUUAUCUUUUAUUUGUUCAGCCAUUGGCUUGAAAAAGUGCCAAUCAAGUUUGAGAAACAGUGAAAAGAGAGGGAGAGCAGAUGUGAAAAAAGGAGAAGGUGCGUCGAGGAAAGGUGCAGAAGGUUCAAGGGACUGAAUUGAUCUGGGAAUGUGAGGAGGGAUCCUGGGAAAAGGAUGUGAAUGUUUAAACGAGCAAGACAUCAGAGGCAGGACCUUUGAUGGCCUUAAAAUGACAGAUGUCAUGUCUAAUCAUGUUGUCAGUUUGUCCUGCAAGUGGAAGAGGAAGUGACCGGAAUAUCGAAUAUUGUUUAUUGGUAGCUUGUACUGAAGAAACUCUGAAUUCAGAGCAUUUGUGGGGAGAAGCCUAUAAAGAUACAGGCUUUCGUUAUAUAAGGGAGCUAAAUACAUACAUAUAUACAUGUAU